UAUUUAACAAGAGAAGACUCGUUCAACAUAGUGUAGAUGACAACUUAAACGUCAAUAAUAUUGGUGCUACGUACAUAUAAUAAAACAAAUUCAUGAGAAGUUGCACCUAAAAUAAACCAAACUCCUAAACCUCUUAAUGAGCUCUAAUCAAUAACAACCUCGCAGCAAUAAUUUUCCUCUAUCCUCUUAUACACAACAAAAUGACCACACACCCAACUACAAAAUCAAAACCACCCCAUGUUUUCUUCCUUCUCUUAAUUCAGUUAUUGAUUUCGAUUACAAGAGUCAAAGGUAGUUGCGUUACUGGCUGCAACCUUGCUUUAGCUUCCUAUUACUUAGGGAACGGCACAAACCUCACUUACAUUAGCAACCUCUUCGGAAGGCCAACAUCGGAGAUUCUAAAAUACAACCCAAGUGUUAAGAACCCAAACGUGAUUCUUAGCCAAACACGGAUCAACGUGCCCUUUUCGUGUGACUGCUUGAACGGUGCGUUUUUGGGGCACACUUUCUCGUACGCGAUCCAACACGGAAACACGUACAAGAUAGUUGCCGAGGUUGAUUUCUCGAACCUCACGACGGAGGAUUGGGUUGGCAGGGUCAACAGUUACCCGCCGAAUCAGAUACCCGACAACGUGAACAUCAACGUCACCGUUAACUGUUCCUGCGGAAACCGACACGUGUCCAAGGAUUAUGGGCUGUUCAUGACGUACCCGCUUCGGGUCGGUGACAGCUUACAGCGGGUUGCGGCCGAAGCCGGCGUGCCGGCGGAGCUGCUGCUGAGGUACAACCCCACGGCGGAUUUCGGUGCUGGGAAUGGACUCGUGUUUGUGCCGGCUAAAGAUGAAAAUGGAAACUUUCCACCAAUGCAGUUGAGAUCAGGAAUAUCUAGUGGAGCCAUUGCUGGCAUAGCUGUUGGAGGAGCUGUUGGGGUCUUAAUUUUGGCACUUCUUCUAUAUGUUGGACUACGCAGAAGAAGGAAAGUGGCUGAGGUAUCCCUUCUCCCAGUCCCAGGAGCAUCUGAAGAUCAGUGUAGUCCACUCCAACUCCAUCAUGGUAUUGGUUGUGGAAGCAGCUUGGACAAGGCAUCUGAAUCUUCUGUUGUAGCCUCUCCAAGGUUGACAGGGAUUACAGUGGACAAGUCAGUGGAGUUCCCAUAUGAGGAGCUAGACAAGGCUACUGAUGGCUUUAGUGCGGCUAAUAUAAUUGGUCGAGGUGGCUUUGGAUCUGUUUACUAUGCUGAGCUCCGGAAUGAGAAAGCUGCAAUUAAAAAGAUGGAUAUGCAAGCAUCAAAUGAAUUCCUUGCAGAAUUAAAUGUUCUUACACACGUCCAUCACUUGAACUUGGUGAGGUUAAUAGGAUAUUGUGUUGAGGGCUCCUUAUUUUUGGUUUAUGAGUACAUUGAGAACGGCAAUUUAAGUCAACAUUUGCGAGGCUCAGGGAGGGAUCCGUUAACAUGGGCAGCUCGAGUUCAAAUUGCCCUUGAUGCAGCAAGAGGAUUGGAAUACAUCCAUGAGCACACUGUUCCUGUCUACAUCCAUAGAGAUAUUAAAUCAGCAAACAUUUUGAUAGACAAAAACUUUCGUGCAAAGGUUGCAGAUUUUGGUCUCACAAAAUUGACCGAAUAUGGUAGUUCUUCAUUACAUACGCGUCUUGUGGGUACAUUUGGUUAUAUGCCUCCAGAAUAUGCACAAUAUGGUGAUGUGUCCUCCAAAAUAGAUGUAUAUGCUUUUGGAGUUGUUCUUUAUGAACUCAUAUCAGGCAAGGAAGCUAUUGUCAGGACAAACGAACCUGAGAAUGAAUCAAAAGGACUAGUUGCCUUGUUUGAAGAAGUUCUUGGUCUGUCAGAUCCAAAAGUAGAUCUUCGUCAACUUAUUGACCCUACACUUGGUGACAACUACCCUCUUGACUCGGUAUUUAAGGUGUCUCAGCUUGCCAAAGCAUGUACACAUGAGAACCCUCAACUUAGGCCAAGCAUGAGAUCAAUUGUAGUUGCCUUAAUGACACUUUCAUCUGCAACUGAGGAUUGGGAUGUUGGCUCCUUCUAUGAAAACCAAGCUUUGGUGCACCUAAUGUCUGGAAGGUAGACCGUGGCCUGCUGAUUCCUAGCAAGUUCCUUUGUGAGGACAUAUGGAAUCCCGAUUUCUGAACACCAGCAUGCAUGAAUAUUUCAACCGUGAAUUUGUAAAUAGAAAUUAUAUAUCUACCAAUUUAUUUUUUUUGAAAAAGAAAUACGUUUUGCCAGUGUUUGAUAAAUUAAAAUAGAGGUUGAUUUAAA